UUCUUUGUUGCGGACUUCCCUUCCCUACACCACUCAUUCUUCCAUACCAUUAUUUAUUGCCUAUCAUUAUAGCAAUUUCCCCCGCUUUAUCGUACAUUCCGGACAGUUGGCCAACGACUGAGCUAUGGAUUUCUCGCAGUUCAAUGCUGCCGAACAGGCGCAUAUGACCAAAAUUAUCGAAAAGAAGCAGAUGCAAGACUUCAUGAGACUAUACUCUGGGCUGGUCGAAAGAUGUUUUGUGUCGUGCUGCAAUGACUUCACAAGCAAGUCACUCAGCUCAAAAGAGGAGUCCUGUGUUCAAAAUUGCACGGAUAAAUUCUUGAAGCACUCAGAGCGUGUAGGUGCACGAUUUGCUGAACAUAACGCGGAGCAGAUGCAGCAACAACAGCAGCUUCGCUAAAUCAUUCUGUAUUGCUCAAGGUCCUCCCUAUCGACGUCGUACUCCACGUUAUAGACUCCCCUCCAUAACGAAUCUGCCAACAG